AUGCCUCUCUCAAACCGCCGUCGCGCGCGGCGCAAGGAAAUUCAACUGCAGGAAACGUCCGAUGUGGAAGCACCAGACUCGUCGCCCACUCGCCCGUCCGCAAAGAAGCGCAAGGUUGAUCGUCGUACCUCCCCGCCUCGAAGCGCCGUGAAGGCCGAGUCCGGCGACGAAGCCGAAGACUCAGUUGUCCACGCACCAGGAUGUGACCGACCUAGUGAUCUCCUACUUGAACACACCACCCAAGAAAUCCGCGUCUCGCGCGACCACUCCAACCAGAAGACCGAGAACAAACAAAGUAUCGAGGCCUACGCCAAAAUCGCCGGCCGCAACUGGACCUAUUACGUCAAAACCCUACAUGUCAAUAUUGGCCGCGAACCCGAUCGCGAACAGAAGUCUACAGAGCAGUCUAGCCCCGUUACGAUUGCCGCUCGUGCGCUCCCCGAUGUGCAUGUCGACCUAGGCCCGAGCAAAUUCGUUUCGCGCCUGCAUGCUGAGAUCUUUUAUGAUGGGGAGCAGGCGCCCGCCUGGCAUAUCCGGGUCAAUGGCCGCAACGGUGUCCGACUGAACAAUGGGAUCCUCAAACGUGGAGCCGACGCUGUUCUUCACUGUGGUGAUAUUAUCGAAGUCGCCAACUCUCAGAUGAUGUUUGUUACUCCCGGCGACGACCCCAACGUUCACCCCAGCUUCAUUGAGCGCGCCCAGCGCAUCGCCAGUGGCCAGGAACCGGACCCUGCUUCCGUCGCAUGGGACGCUUCGCAGCACGCUCAUCCACAGGCCUCACAGGCCACCGAACCCGCGCGGCCAUCAUCCUCUGGCGGCCCUUCGCUGGCUCCUGCUCCCAACCUCCGCCAGCGACAGGUGACGCCUCCUCCGCGUUCUCCUGGAACCGACGGCCAGCGCACGACCAAGCAAUCCCCGCUUUACAACCGAGGCAUGAUGAUGGAGAGCACUGAAGAGAUCGACUAUAGCAAGGAUGCGGCGAAGGAUCUGAAGCCGCCGUAUAGCUAUGCUACACUUAUCGCGCAGGCCAUCUUUUCUAGUGAAGAAGAGAAGCUCACCUUGAACAGCAUCUAUAACUGGAUCAUGGACAAAUACGCCUUUUAUCGUCACUCCCAAAGCGGUUGGCAAAACUCCAUCCGCCACAACCUGUCACUCAAUAAGGCAUUCCAAAAGGUACCGCGCCGAACGGAUGAGCCAGGCAAGGGCAUGAAAUGGCAGAUUGCCGCGGAGCACCGCGAAGAAUACCGCAAGAAGCAGAUGCGCAAGGGUGGCCCCCAGUCCUCCGCGCCAUCGUCUCCCGCGACGAAAGAGCCUCCAUCUUCGGCACGCGGCACCCAUGUCUCUAAACUGGAUACAUCAUUUUCGGCGACGGCCAAGAAAUCUCCGCCUGUAUCCUCGCCUGGCUUCAGUUCAUUCCCGGUAGCUCCGGUGGAAGCUUAUACUCCAGAACGAGGCUCUCGGGCCGGUCGUGGUGUUGGUUCCGACCACCCAUUGCGACAUAUGAAUCCGCGGGAUUACGACGAGCCAUCCCCCUUACCAGCUCGCAAUCGCAGCACCGUCAACUCUAGCCAAGUGCAGAACAGCAGCAAUAAUCUGAGCCGUGCCUACGGGCUGUCAGAUAAUGCCGCUGGCUCCCCGCCAGUCCUGUCCUCAUCAUAUUAUGAUGACGGUCCUUCGUCCAUGAUAACGCCUGCCCCACAGCGCCAGCAGCCCCGUCUGCCACCCCCCAGCACGGCGCAGAUUCCGUCAAAGUUUAUGCCAAUGAGCUCUCCGGCUCAAUUUUGGAAAUUCGCCGACAUUGGCAGCACACCGGCACGCCCUGUCCCGGACAUGAGUCCUCUGAAGGGUGAGCCCGAGGAUCGCAUCAUUGGGGGCUUUCCGAGCAGCAGCCCGCCCCCGCCUAACCUGGUUAGCCCAAGCAAGCCGGGAACAUCCAACGGUCUCGGAUCUAGCCGCACGCUACCCCCGCUGCAGUCCGAUGGUCCAGAUAUAAACCCUAAUGGGGCACACAAAGAGGAUUGUAUGGAAGAGGAGGAUGAAGAGGACACAGGUGGUUUUGAUCUUGCUCGGGGGUUCCAACCCAUUGGCUCUUAUCAUCGACAGCUGAGCAAUGCUGCCAGGGCCACUGCUACCUAG